GGACCGGGCAGUCUUCCACUCAAUUUCUUAAUCUAUCGGCCUGCACUAUCCCUCCUGUAUGGUGGAUAUUAUAUUAAAUUCUUCUUUCUUGGGUGAUAUGGGGGAUCAUUCCAAAAAGAAGUCUGGAAUCGCAAUGUGUGUGGGCUGUGGGAGUCAGAUCCACGACCAGUAUAUCCUGCGGGUCGCCCCGGACCUGGAGUGGCAUGCAGCGUGUCUGAAGUGCUCGGAAUGCACUCAGUACCUGGAUGAGACGUGCACUUGCUUCGUCCGAGAUGGCAAAACAUACUGCAAAAGAGAUUAUGUAAGAUUAUUUGGGAUUAAAUGUGCAAAAUGUAACAUUGGCUUCUGCAGCAGUGAUCUGGUGAUGAGAGCUCGUGACAACGUUUACCACAUGGAGUGUUUUAGGUGCUCGGUGUGCAGCCGGCAGCUUGUGCCGGGGGAUGAGUUCUCUUUGCGGGACGAGGAGCUGCUCUGUCGGGCUGAUCACGGGUUACUUCUGGAACGGGCCUCAGCGGGAAGCCCCAUUAGUCCGGGAAAUAUUCUCUCCAGGUCUUUUCAUAUUGCUGAUCCCGUGUCAGUUCGACAGCCUCCUCAUCGGAACCACGUCCACAAGCAGUCAGAGAAAACCACUCGGGUGCGAACAGUAUUGAACGAGAAGCAGCUUCAUACCCUUCGGACCUGUUACAAUGCCAACCCAAGACCAGACGCUCUUAUGAAAGAACAAUUGGUAGAGAUGACCGGUCUUAGCCCAAGGGUCAUCAGAGUUUGGUUUCAGAACAAACGUUGUAAAGACAAGAAGAGAACUAUAUUCAUGAAGCAACUUCAACAACAGCAUCACAUCGAUAAAACUAAUCUUCAGGGGCUGACGGGUACACCUAUGGUGGCAGGCAGUCCAAUUCGACACGACAACACGGUCCUAGGGAACCCAGUAGAGGUGCAGACUUACCAGCCCCCCUGGAAGGCCCUGAGCGAGUUCGCCUUGCAGAGUGAUCUGGACCAGCCCGCUUUCCGGCAGUUGGUGUCUUUUUCUGAAUCGGGCUCCAUGGGUAACUCCUCCGGCAGUGAUGUGACCUCCUUGUCGUCGCAGUUGCCGGACACCCCGAACAGCAUGGUACCAAGUCCGAUGGACACGUGAGACCAGCCCAACAGUGACGCUUCGAACUCCAGCAUGCUCCCGCGUGCUCUGCAUGAUAAUUGGCUAGUUAACAGCUUUAAGAGGAAAAGGAUUUCAUCUUAUUUAAAGAACAAUAACGCUGGAUUUGUCUAUGAGGAUGCACCAUUUGUUCACGGAGGGACCGGUCUGCAUUGCUCAGGAUCGGAUGAAUUUUAAGUUACCAGCCAGUGACAACCAAGGGCUAUAACUAAAACGGAGGCUGAGCCUCGGAUCUUACCUACAUUGGUUGGACAUAGCCUACGUGAGGAUUAUAUCUACAAACAUUCAACUUUAUUAUGAGUCGCUAGUUUGUAAUGAUGAACAUAUCAGAACAUUAUCCAUAGUGGCCAACAGUUGUAUAGUUUCAUCUAUGUAAGUUUCCUAUGUCGGGUUGCGACCACGACUCUGUAGGUGUGCAUGAUUUCUAGAGAUGAUUUAAAAUCAAGCCCUGUAAAAUAUUGUAAUUAAGGGGAUGGGAUACAGAUUGUGGAACCUUUCAAGAAAAGUAAGUUAUUGAUAUUUAUUAUGCGAAAAUGUAGGCUAUCGUAAUAAACCCAUAUGAACGGUUUCAUGUCUAAUGAACUCUGCAUGUGAAAUUUCAUAGAUGCAGUAAUUCAAUCAAAUAUUAACUGAAAUUUCAAAUGGACAAAAUAAAUCACUGUGUAUUUAUGAAACGGC